CGCCCUGAGGCUGGUCGGGGAGAGGGCGUGGGCUCUGGCGGAGCCACGAUGGCACUUCCGUGUCCGGUGCCGAUUUCGCAAGUCCCUGGUCGGCGGGAAGCUCCAAAUUCUGACCAGGGAGGGAGGACCUCAACAGAUCUGGCGCUCGCAUGCCCCACCUCUACCACGCAGCGGUCCGGUCAGCCGUCUACUCGACCCCAAUUUUCCAGCUCUGAGCCGGGGAAUAGCCAAGAAGCAACGGGGUCGGCCGCACCCAGGCCAGCUGAGGCCGGUCUGGCGGGUUCUUCGGGUCCUCAGGAGCGGGUGCCUUACGCUCCUGGAUGGGCUGUUUUCGAGGGCGACUCGGCCCUCGAUAAUGCACAAGUGGCGCGCGAAGUUCUUCGGGUCGCGCUGCUCCCGGCCGACCAGGCCAAAAUUCGGUCCAUGAACUACGGCGAGUUCAUGGACUCCGCUAUUUGCUCUUCCAUCCGACGCCUCCACGAGACCGAGACGAUGAUUCACAUCAUCCAGGACUAUCGGGACCGGGCCCGAAGGCAUCAAAGGGGGCGCGAGGAGGCCGAAACAAAGUUCCUCGCAUCUGAGGCCGAGCAGAAAGUGCUUCAAGCGAAGCUAGGGACGGCCGAAGACGAGGUUCGGACUCUGGUCGCCGAACUUGAAGAGGAGAAGGGCGCGCACUCUUUGACUAUGUCAGAAGGCUUCAAGGACUUCCGCAAUCAGUUGCGGCGACUUCUCCCAGAUUUCGACCUUAGCCUGCUUCAGCCAGGCGCUGGGGUCGAAAACCCAGAAGCGGAGGCGGAGGUAGAGGUUCCAACCUCUGGCGGGACCGACCAGGAGGGUCGAGCUGAAGGCGAGAUCGCUCUCGAGGUCACCGAGGCAGCUCCCAAAGCCACCGUGGGGGCCUCGGCCGCAGAAGAGCCAGCUGUUCCUGAAGUCGCCGGGCCUGAGCCCUUGGUGUAG